AUGAGCCUUGCCGAAGCUGCGCCCAUUUCCCGCGAUGAUCGAUAUGACGACCAGCGGCUAGGCGAUUCAACGCCUCGAGCCAGCGAACUCAACACAGAAAUGGGUAGCCAGCGCGAAGACACAAAGAAGGACGGAAAGAGCAAGAUGCGUGGCUUGUUUGGUCUCGGUAAGAAGAAGUCAUCGACGCUCACAAAAUCUGAUUCAAAAACCGAUUCCAACGAAGCCAAGACUGAAUCACGCAACGAAUCUCAAAUUCCUUCCAACGCAAAUUCCAACCCCACCAGCCCAUCUCUAUCUCGAGACGCUUCCAAGCUAUCCUCAAACCACCCAUCACGGUCCCCUACUGGCGAUCAGAGUUUCACUAUGCCAACAUCCCCGAGUCGCGGCUUUACCGGCUCUCCACGAUUGUCGUCGCCAGCUACAUCCCAGAUAUUUGAGCGUGAUGUACAGGAGAGUUCUGUUAUCCUGCCCAACUCCCCAGCCAUCCCGACGCACAUUCAAACCGAGAACUACAUUCCUCCCGUCCUUGAUGAUGCAUCCGAAGCCAUCACGAAUCACAAGCUAGACCCUGAUUCGGUCGAGAUUGUGACUCACAGCUCGCAUCAACCCGCCGCGGUGACAGUCACAGGGGCCAACACUGGCCUCCCCUCGUACGAUCCGUCUGCGAGUGAGUGGGCAGCGGAACUCGCUUCCUUUGCUGACCGGGACGCUGUUUCGACCGACAACGCUUCCAAUUAUGGGUCCUUGGACUCCGCCGACGUGCGCAGACUAUCAUUCAUCUCGUUCGCCGACGUCGUACAAGCUGAACACAAUCCUUCCUCAGGUAUUGCGGGCUCCCGCGACAGCAUCCACCUUGCAGGUCUUACAUCUCUGCCGGCAGCAAUGAACCGUUCACCUUCACCCAUUCGGUCACCUGUGUCGAGCCAAGGACCCGAGACUAGCCCUCCUACGAGCAACCCCGGCAGUAUGAAGGGCAUCGAGUUGAGCCCUUCACGAAGACCCCUGGGUAGCCCAACGAGCAUCAACAACCUCAAGCUCAACGUUUCAGGGGGCGAUUUGAACAUUGAGACAAUGAGCCAAGCUCUGCGAAGAACUGGCAGCACUGAUCUCAGCCAUGUCCGCAGCGGUCCUGCAAGCCCAAUUGAGAGCUCCCACCUUCGUUAAAUGCAACAUUCAGCGUGAUUGAAAUAAAGACACCCCAGGGGGAGCAAUGAUAUCCACACAGCAAAUGCAACUCUUUUUCUCUAUUUCUUUUUUACCAUUUGGUGAUUAUACUUCUUCACUUCAUUCGAUUCGACUACGAUACCUCCUGGGCAUCGUCAUUUUGGGGGAAAGGAAACACUGGGAUCUGGCAAUUGGGAGUUUGAAGAGGAAGUUCUACUAGGCGUCGAGACGUUUCCGCGAUACAGGCAUUUGUACAUAUGCCAUGCUUUCUUGGCCGUUGUCGUCUUGUUUUCUGAUAUGAGGAAAAUACAAAAAACCGCCACGAGUUGGCAGUCAAGUAUUGAAUUUGCAUUUUGAUCCAGCCUUGUCCAUCAUUUUGAGUGAUUAUCAGCGUGUGAAGGUUCAGGGUAGGAUGUGACCUUAAUGUCGCACCAUAAAUGUUAGGACGGAAACACGGUUAAUGGAUGUCAUGUGUGACUCUAUAUUUGACUUCCGACCAAGGCAUUGUCUCCAUACAC